AUGAAAAAUGAAAAGGUCCAUACACCACCCUUGAGAAUUGCAUGUCCUAAAAAUAUAUCACGAUUUCCAUGGGAUUUUCUUCUUGUACUUCAAACCCACAUUUAA